AUGUCUGGGCCCUACGACUCGUACUCCGGCUACGGCCAACAAUCACAAUACCCUCAACAAGGAUACGGCGGCGGCUAUCCUCCUCAACAAAGCUACGAUCAGGGAUACCAGCAACAACAAUAUGGCCAACAGGGCUACCAAAGCUAUCCUCCUCAAGAUCAAGGCUUCGGCCCACCACGCCGACAGGACUCUUUCGGCCCACCUCAGCACGGUGGCUUCCAACAUGGUCAAGCAGGUGGUCAAUAUGGCGCAUAUGAUGCGAGCAACCCACAAGGGCAUCCAGGCUACUAUGGCCAACAACAAUACGGUGGCAAUGACGCCUAUGCUCAGAACCAGGCGUAUCAAGCACAAAUGGCCCAAGGCGGUCAACAAGGCGGCCAACUACCCGAUGUGAGCCAACAUCAAUUCGCGCCACAAUCCAGCGAUCCCAAUGCUCCUAACUAUGAUCCUAAUGCUCCUCCCAUGACUGAAAGUGAUCGAGGUUUGUUGGGCGCCAUCGGCGGUGGCGUCGGUGGCCAUUUUCUAGGCAAAAAAGCCCACCAUGGUUUCCUCGGUACCAUCGGUGGCGCCAUUUUGGGCAGCGUUGCUGAAGAUUUGCUCAAAGACAAGAAAAAGCACCACGGCAGCAGCAACAGCAGCUGGGGUGGCAGCAAAUACUAG